AUGUCAGAAUCGCCGCCAAAAAAAACCCUUACAGACUUGGGGGGACCCAGACUCUAUGGAGAUGAGCCCGAUAAAACAGAAGAAGCUCAAGGCACCUUCGAGACGCUCGACGAGUGUACAUACACGCCCAAAAGUUUGGGAGCCUCCAAGCACAAUGAAUUUAUGGAGUGUGACUGUUACGAGGAAAUCAUAGAUGGUACCAAUCAUGCUUGUGGAGAAAACUCUGACUGUAUUAACAGGUUGACUUUGAUUGAAUGUGUUAAUGGGCUAUGUGGCUCUUGUGGAGACAAUUGUGGGAAUCAAAGAUUUCAAAGGAAAGAGUACGCAGAGAUAGCUGUAUUCCGAACUGAGAUGAAAGGCUACGGUGUUAGGGCCGAAAAAGACAUCGAUGAGAAUCAAUUUGUAUAUGAAUACAAAGGGGAAGUUAUUGCAGAGAAUGAAUUUCGACGAAGAUUGGCUGAUUACGAUGAGAAAGGUCUCAAGCAUUUCUACUUCAUGAUGCUUCAAAAUUCUGAGUUCAUUGACGCUACACGUAAAGGCUCUUUGGCUAGAUUCUGCAACCAUUCUUGUAAUCCUAAUGCUUAUGUCAGCAAAUGGGUGGUUGCGGGAAAAUUGAGAAUGGGCAUCUUUGCAAAAAGAAAAAUUGAGAAAGGUGAAGAGAUCACAUUUGAUUACAACGUGGAUAGAUAUGGUGCAACUGCCCAGAAAUGUUAUUGUGGGGAGCCCAAUUGUAUAGGAUUUCUCGGGGGUAAGACUCAAACAGAUGCUGCAUCUUUGUUGCCGCAGAACAUAGCCGAUGCCUUAGGAGUCAGAACAGCGAUGGAAAAGAAAUGGAUCAAAUGGAAAAAGAGUCAAGGUGAGAAGAUCAAAAAAGCUGAAGAUAAUAAUUAUAAUAUUGAGUUUGUCGAAUCUCUAAAUCCUGAGCCGUGCAAAAAACCGGAUGAUGUUACCAAGGUCAUGAGUGCUCUGUUACAGGCUGAAGAUUCAUUGAUAGCUCUCAAACUUUUCGGGCGAAUAGAGAAAUUGGAAGACGAAACUUUAUACCACCAUGUAAUAAAACUGCAUGGAUAUACUUGUUUUACUAAACUUCUGAAAAUUUUUGAAAAUGACAUCGAGACUGAAAAUCGAUUAUUGGACGUUUUACUAUCAUUACCGAAGACAACAAAGAAUGGUAUCGUAAAUUCGCAAAUUGACGUGGCAGUGAUGCACCUUAAAGAAAUUUCAAAACCAUUAAGCGAAAGCUGUGAUCUCCUAAUAAGCAAAUGGAAUGAAUUUGAAACCUAUAAACGUAUAACUAAAAGAGAUAUAAGUGAGGCGUCAAAAAAGAUGGUUGACUUCAGAAGAAUAAGAUUACCUGUCGGAUGGGAAGUUGUUCACGAAAAUGGUAAGCCAAUGUAUUAUAAUGCCCAAUUAAAGACAAAAUUACAUCAUCCUCCUUCAGGAUCCUCAAAAACGUUUAGUUCUAACGGUUUACAAACGAAUGGUAACGGCAAGUUAAUAGAUCAAAGAAAUGCCAUAAUUCCGAAAAGGAUGAGGUUAGACGAUGAUGAAUAUGAAAAGAUGAAAUUAAGGAGACUUGAAAAGGAAAAUGAUAUGAUCCAGAGAGCAAAGGAAGAAGAAAUCAAACAAAUGAAGUUAAAAUUAGACAUGGAAAACCGAAAGAAGAACGACCUAUUAGAAAUUAUUGCAGAAGCUAAUCGAAACAGGGAGUUAGAAAGAGAGGAAAAUUUGAAGCUUGAACGAAUAAAAGAGGAGCAAAGAUUGCAGAAGAAGAAGCUGUCUCAUUCUAUGCACUUGGAACAUAAGUGGAAUAAAUUCUUUGCGUCGUUCGUUCCAAACUUAUUACGAAAUUAUGAAAGGGAUAACCAAAUACCACAUGAACAUAUCAAACAAUGUGCCAAAGAUAUUGUGAAAAUUUUGACAUCCAAAGAACUGAAAAAAGAUAAAACUAAAGUUCCACCAGAUCAGCCUAGUAAAGAAAAGAAAACAAAGGUUAAACAAUUUGCAAAAAGCUAUAUGGAAAAGUUUCUGCAAAAGUAUAAACAAAAAAAGGCUCUAACAAAAAAGUAA